GCAGAAUAAGAAUAAUUUCGAAGCAUGAUUAAAGGUUUUUAUCGUGGAGGUGCAUGUACAAUAUCAAUUAAAGAGAUUCAUUUGAAAAAUUAUAAGAUUUUUUAUCAGAAUUACUUAAAAGUAAUCAUGAAGAAAUAGUGAAAAUACUUUUUGGAAAUAGAUUAGAUAAUGAAAAAGAGGAAGCUGAAAAAUUCAUGAAUUAUUAUAAAUUUAGUUUGAUUUUGAAACAUCAACAAAGACUGGAGAGAAAAUGUAGAAAUAGUAGAGUAAAAUUGAAUAUGACAGGAUUUCGUUGUAGCUGUAAAUUGAUUAUAAUGAGAAUGUUUAAAAGUGAUUUCUUUAAAAAUAAUAUAAAAACUACAAAAUGAAUUUCCAGCUAAUUUAAAAUAGAAUACAAAUAAAAGUGAUUAACCAAUUUAAGAGGUGAUUUCAUUAUCUUAAAAGCCUAAUUUAAUUGCAAUCUUAGAAUAACUAAGAAAAUCAUCAUGCAACAAAAAUAAUGUUGUUGUUUUUAAAUUUGUAAAUUACAAAUAUAUUUUAUAAUUAAUUACCUUAAUGAUUAAAGCUUUAUUUGCUGCUGAAUUUGAUUUAGUCAAAGGUAUUUAUAAUAUAUUCUUAUCUAUUAGGAUGUGUAAUAACUGCUUGUUAUCCGCCAAUAAAUCAUUAAGGAUUUCAUGAAUUAGCAUCAUAUAUGAUUCCUGAUGGAGUCCAUAAAAUUCAAUAAGACAAAUUCUUUUUUAGAAUUGGAAAUAUCAGAUUUAUACCUGGAUAAGUAUAUACAUAUCAUUUUGAUUAUCGAUGGAAUUAAUUGUUAUAAAGUUCAAUUCAAACUUUAAGUUAUUCAGAUGAAAAUGUAAUUAAAAUAAGAGGUGAAAAAGAAUCUGAAUGGUUGGAUAUCAAUUUAAUCAAUGCUCAAGUUUAAGUAAUUUCUCAUGAUUUUGUAUCCAUCACUUUAAAUCCUGAUUUAAUUUAUGGAAUCAAAGGAAAAUUUACAUAAGAUUAUUAUUUAACAUGUCUUAAGAAUAAGAAAGAUGUCACAAUUAAAAGAGGAUCUUUGAUUAGAUCCAUAUCUAUAUGUACAUCAGACUUACUUUUUUUAGGAAUAUGCAAUUUGAAAAUUGAAAAAUAUUUGGAAGAAUAUUUUUUAUAAGUUGGCCUUGAUCAUUGGAUAAAUGAUGUUGAUACUAAUUCUGAAACAAUUUAAAAAAUUUUAGAAAAAGGAUUCAAUGAACUUUCAAGUGAUUUAACAUAUUAUAAAUUUUCUCAUUCUCUUCUUGAUUAUUCAUUUAAAGAUUUAGGUAACUUAUAUCCUAAAAGAGCAUAUAGUUUAACAACAAAUGCCUCAUUACUUAAUCUAUUUAAAAUGCUUGAUAUGAAGAUUCGUAUUCUUUAUAGAGCUUUAUUAUAAUAAUAAAGAAUCAUUUUUCUUUGUCAUGAAUACAACAAUUAAGAAAAAUAUAUUGGAGAUGAUAUGGUAAAAAUGACAUUAUAUCAAAAAGUAUUUUAAUGUCUGCAACCUUGUUUUGAGCUUAUGUUUUCUUGUUUCCCCUUUGAAUAUCAUUUACAAUAUUCAGGGUUACAAAUCCUUACUUGAUAAAGGAUGGGAAUAAUAAAAUUCUUGGAUAUCUAUAGUUUCUAAUCCAAUUUUUGAGUAUCGUAAAGAAUGGUGGGAUAUUUUAAUUGAUAUAAAUUCAGGAAAAAUUAUAGAAUCCAAAAAAGAGUAAUCAUUAUUUAUAAACAAUCAAACAGAUAUUGAUUUCUUUUAAAAUUUAAUCAACCUCAUUCAGGUAUCACAUAUAAAUGAAUUCUAAAUUAGAUCUAUUCUACAAAAAUACACAUCUUCAAUUAUUGAAAAUUUAGUAAUCUAUUUUAUUAUUAUGUAGCCUCAAACACUUUUAUUUAAGGGAUAUAGAAAAAUGAAGAUUAAAAAUUUAUUAAAUGAAUAACAAUAUGCACAAAUUCUAAAUAUUUUAGCAAUCAUAAAAUUAUAAAAAACCAUGAAAGACUAAGAACUGUUUUAAAUGUAUGUGAAUCUAUUAGAUUGCUUAAAAACAGAACUUCAAUUUAAAGAAUUUUUUAAAGUAAAUUAAAUUAAAAAUUUUUUAGUUAUUUACUGAAUCUAAUUAUGAAUUAAAUACAUUUGGAAUUGGAACAAUGUGUUAAGAUGUUUUAGUUUAAGAGAAAUGUAGAGAGUUCUUAAAAUUAAUAGAAAAGUGGGAUAAACAACUAAUGCAGUAAAUUAACUUAUUCUUAGUAAUUUGA